AUGACCUACAAUUGUUUCCCAAAGCUUUUAAAAGUUCUCAGAAAAGCCCGCUACCUCGUUGGCAUCGCUACUCUCGCCACCACUACCACCACCAACACAUCCGCCGCUUCUCUUGGUCCCAAAAUCUCUACCAUGGAAGCCGACCUACAGACUAUAAAAACCCGCCUGUGUAUUGUCGGAAGCGGCCCUGCUGCCCAUACCGCCGCCAUCUAUGCGGCCCGUGCGGAGCUUAAACCUAUUCUCUUUGAGGGCUGGAUGGCGAAUAAUAUCGCCCCCGGCGGGCAGCUUACUACUACCUCCGAAGUUGAAAAUUUUCCGGGUUUCCCUGACGGGAUCGGCGGUAUAGAGCUUAUGGACCGAUUUCGCGCUCAAUCGGUCCGGUUCAAAACCGAAAUCUUCACUGAAACUGUCUCUAAAGUCGACUUUUCUACAUCUCCCUUUAAAAUCUUUAGCGAUGAUAGGACCGUUCUUGCUGAUUCUGUUAUAAUUGCUACUGGUGCCGUUGCCAAACGCCUCCGAUUCCCCGGUUCUGAGGAGUUCUGGAAUCGUGGCAUCUCUGCCUGCGCGGUCUGUGACGGUGCCGCUCCUAGCUUCCGUAACAAACCUCUUGCUGUCAUUGGUGGCGGGGACUCUGCAAUGGAAGAAGCCACCUUUUUAACCAAAUAUGGUUCUAAGGUUUACAUUAUCCACCGAAGAGAUGAAUUUAGGGCUUCGAAGAUUAUGCAGAACAGGGCUUUGUCAAACCCGAAGAUUGAAGUCUUGUGGAAUUCUACAGUAACAGAGGCGUACGGGGAGAGGUCUUUGGGGGGUUUGAAGGUGAAGAAUUUGGUGAGUGGGGAGGUUACUGAUUUGAGCGUUUCUGGUUUGUUUUUUGCGAUUGGACAUGAGCCGGCAACCAAGUUUUUGGGCGGGCAGCUGGAGGUGGAUUCUGAUGGGUAUGUGAUCACGAAGCCUGGCACCACUCAGACCAGCGUCAAGGGUGUAUUUGCUGCUGGUGAUGUUCAGGAUAAGAAGUAUAGGCAGGCUGUUACUGCUGCUGGCUCAGGAUGCAUGGCAGCCUUAGAAGCAGAACAUUACCUGCAAGAAAUUGGUGCUCAAGUGGGCAAGAGUGAUUGA